AUGAACGCGGAGGGCGUAUCGGCCCACGCUGAGGGGAAUUUCAAAUCUGUCCAAGACCAUAUUGCUAAAUUGGCGAACGAUCAGAAAGUUAUCGUGGCGAAAUUCGAAGCGUUGUCCGGCAAUGUGGAGGAGUUGCGCAGCAUCAUAUCGCAGUACUCCGAGAAGAUGAACGCUUUAGAGGAAUGUUCGGCGGACCGUCGGAGAGUUCGCGGCGACAUCUACACCUUAAAGAAACGCAUAGAUGAACUUUACGCAAUCGUGAAGGAGGGCAAGGAGGAUAACUCGUGUCCCAGUGAUGAUGUACAGGACGUAGAGUCCUGCCAUUCAGAGGUUUCCACCUCGUCGAAGGUUGCCAUGACGACUGGCCUGGACCGCGAUACGAUACGCUCCGCGUACGAGGACGUGCGCUCCGACGGCACCCCCACCGAAUGGGCCGUGUUCAAGUUUGAGGGCUCGCGGAUCGUGUGCUCUGCCCGCGGCAGCGACUUCACGGAGUUCCGGAAGCAGUUCGCCGACGACGAGCGCGCCUUCGGCUACCUCAGGUUGCAAAUGGGCGACGAGAUGUCGAAGCGGCGCAAGUUCCUGUUCGUCACGUGGGUGGGGCCCAACGUGUCGGUCAUCAACCGCGCCAAAAUGUCCACCGACAAGGCCAUCAUCAAGGACAUCAUAUCCAAUUUCGCGGUGGAAUUGCAAUUGGAGAGCCAAGCUGAAAUAGACAUCGACCAAUUCAAGGAUGCCCUCAAUAGAGCAGGCGGCGCUAACUACGGAACCGGUGUCAGAGACUUA